ACUACAAGAAAGCAGAAUGGUCUCCGUAGAGUCAAGAACCCAAUCUGAGGGAAGCACCGGGUCGAAGACAUCCUCGAUGGAAGCCCCUCCAGCGGUGAUUCAUUUUGAGAUGGGAGGUAUGAACGAAUCACCAACCAAUUGGUCCAAGAACACAAAGGACGACGCAACGAGCAAGGACUUGUCCAAUAACAUCAAGGGAAAGCCAAAAAAGAUGGAUUGGAAGGAGGUUGAUGUUCCGAGCUGGCUGCAGGAACUAAAAUCAUACAACGAUGGUGACUGGAAGGUCCUCGUCAAUAGGCAAAACGGCAGGAAUGACUGGAAGUACAUCCAUCAAAGAUAUAAAAAAACAUUUCGCUCUGCACCUGGUGUCCGUUUCUUCCUGGAUGGCAAAGAGAUGAACCAGGUGUUUAAAGAAGAAAAACUACGAAAGAGGAAGGAGAAUGAUACCAAUAGUGAGGCAAGUGGUCCAAGUAAACCUAAAGGAGGAAGGAAGGCUGCUGAUACUAGGACAAGGGCUUUGACGAUUGGAAACCCAGUCCAGUAUGUUCCGGAGAAGCUUCCAGUAGGUUUCAUAUAACUUCUGAAAUAUGCCAGGAGAUGAAUAAUAGCAGCUUGUGUAGUAGUCUAGUUUAUGAAGCUAGCUACAAAUUACAAUAUGUAUCUUGCUGCAUGACAUGAGAACCAUA